UGCCAUUGGCUUUUAGGACGUGUAUUAAUCACAAUCCCACCGCUCUAUCUACCUCCCCAAUUUAAAUUUUUCAGUACUACUUACAACUUACUGGUGUCAUUUCCUAAGCUUGAAUAAUAAUGAUAUUAAAAAAAUAAACUUCAAAUUCUGUAUAUCCCCAAAUAAUUGCCUUUGUCGGAAACCCUAGAUUCUCGUCAAUCUUCCUCUUCUUCAGAUCCACAACUGUCGCGGAACUUGUCAUCCAGUCGGCCCAGCAAGAGGGCGCCCGAAUUUGUGCCUGCUCGCUUUACGCCUCAGCCGUAGCAGCAGCAGCAGCAACAACAACAACAACAAAAACAACAGCAGCAGCGGAGUCACAGGACGCUGAUUCCUCCUCCUCCCCCUCGGAUGGUUCAGUUCUACUCUCCUCCUCCUGCGCCUCCGUCUCCGUCGGAGUUUAACCUCCCCGUCCAUCGCCCCGUGCCUAUGCCGCCUCACAUGGUUCCCGUCCACCAUCGUAUGCCCAUGCCGGAUCAUCAUCACAAUCGAGAGCAAGAAGUUGAGGCUGUUACGAAGAUGGAUCAGCAACAGAAGGAGCACAAGGAUCAUGGUGCUACUUCCUCCAAAAAUGGACUAUUCGAAGAAGCUGCGUUAAAGAUUUUGAAUCAGGUUGAGUAUUAUUUUAGUGAUUUGAACUUGGCCACCACCGAUCAUCUUAUGAGGUUCAUCAGCAAGGAUCCUGAAGGAUAUGUGCCAAUAUCUGUUGUUGCAUCUUUUAAGAAGAUUAAAGCCCUCAUAACUACUCAUUCCCAGCUAGCUAGAGUUUUGCGGAAGUCAUUGAAGCUUGUGGUUAGCAAAAAUGGAAAGAAAGUAAGACGCCGGCAUCCUCUAACUGAAUCAGAUAGGGAAGAGUUGCAAUCUCGUAUAAUUGUUGCUGAAAAUUUGCCCAAGGAUCAUUGCCAUCAAAAUCUAAUGAAGAUUUUCUCUGCUGUUGGGAGUGUGAAGACAAUCUGUAUCUGUCAUCCUCAACCCUCUGGUGGUGUGGUAUCUUCAGCAUCUAGAUCAGAAAAAAGUGAUUGCAUGCAUUUAAGUAACAAGUUGCAUGCGUUUGUGGAAUAUGAAUCUGUUGAGCUGGCUGAGAAAGCAGUAGCAGAACUAAAUGAUGAGGGAAAUUGGAGGAUUGGCAUUAGGGUUCGCCUAAUGCUUGGACGUGUGUCAAAACCUGCUCAUGCAAGAGGGAAGAAGGGCCAUGAUGCGAAAGGUCACUAUGAGGAAGAUCAUGCUUCUACAUCUGAGCAGCAGUCAAUUGAGAAACAAGAAGAAGAUCCUUCUCAGUUGUCUGAUAUCCAUUCACAGGAGUGUCGCCAGGGGUCUAGAAGAUCAUCCCAACUUGUCAAAAACACCAUCACUGGCAGCAACAACCAUCUUUCGUUCUCUUCUUCUGGUUCCAUUGAAGCACCAAGGUGUUGUCUCAGGUUCUUGCUCUCUCCUUCUAAAACGCAUUUGAAUCGCUACUGUCCCACAACCAGAACAGCCCAUUUCAUCUCCAAAAGCCCCAAAUCUGCCCCCAUUUCACGCCUCCCUCACUCCAAAUGCUUCCAUUUUGUUAAGAAAAAUUCUUCGUCCAAAUCCAUUUCCCACAAACUAUACCAAGUUAAGAAAGUCCAAUCCUCCAAAAAAUCAACUUCAGAAACUCCUGCUUUUUUGGAUUCCAAUAUUGGCGCUCCUGUAACUGAGUCACUUUCUAUGUCUCAAGACUUGUUGAAGCUGCCUGAUGUGUCCGAGGAGCUCCAGUUCACUCCUAUGGCUGUGAGUAAGAUUGCAACUUGUUCCACUUUGGAUUGUCUAGUUGCUGGUAUUGGAAAUCAUAAGAAUAGGCUUAUGGAUGAUGACAAAUCGAACACUAGCUCUAGCAACACUAAAACCCCACCCAUUCAGGCUUCAUUUUCUCCAGAGAUCCAAUCCACCACAAUCACAGCAACCACUCCUGCCUGUUAUGGUGCUGGUCAUCUCAUUUCUAGGGUUACUGACAGGAGAAAAUGUAAGGCUAGAGGUGUACUGGCUGUAGCUCUACCAGGAACAGGUGAUAAUAAUAUAUCAAUCAAUAACUAUAACAAUGUUGACUGUGAAGAUUAUGCUACUGGACUUGAUAAGAACUGUAGUGUUUCCAUGCCCCCUUUACCUGCUGAGGCUUCAAUGCAUUGGCUUUUGUCUCCAUGUCACGAGGACAACGAGGAUGACAAGGAAAAUUCUGCUCCUUUCCACAGCUUGCUUGAACAUAAAACACUUCCUUCUCCUUCCUCACCAUUAUCUGAUCUUGGCCUUUCUUUGGAUUGGUGUAACUUAAGCAAUAACACAAGCGAUGCAACUAAUAGCAGCACUGAGAAGAGCCAAAAGAGCAUAAAUAAUAUGCUUAUUUCCACUGAAGUCCCUCAGUUUCAAGUACGUUUGGAUUCUUUAUGUGACGAUGCUCCUGUUUCAUCUUCUCCAAAUGCCACACCUUAUUCCAGAGCUGUUCCGUUGAAAGAAGGGGCAAAGCACUCAUACAAUAUUGGAGGAAACUCUCCAUUCUCUGCGGAUACAUUAGGGAGUGAAAAUGUUAUGCAAACCCCAAGUUCUGACUCAAGCCUGGAAAGGCAUAUUGGGCUGUCAUGUUCAAGUGCAAGGGAUCACAAGAGACAUCACCUUCAUUCCGAGCGACUGUCAGUGGCCGGAGAUCUUCGGAUGGCAAGCUUGUCUCCUGAGAGCCAUGUAUCAAUAUGGGACACGAAUGGUUCUAGUUUUCAGUUUGAUCGUUUAACAACACCUUCCAAUUCCAUGGAUCUUUCUCAGUUUCAGAAGAUUUUGGAUGAUCAAUCUUUGUGGACAUCAAAUUCUGCAUUUGAGAAUGUGUCACAAUCACAUAUGAGAAUAUCCUGGAGGGAAGGAUUAGUAAGUCGGAUUUUUGAGAUGGAUGAGUUUGAUGGUUGCAGAUGCCUAUCAGAUGAAGAGGAAGACUUAAACGUCAAUAGCAGUGAUCCAUGCAAAUCCUGCCAAAGUCUUGAGAUCAAUGUUGAUUUAGGGAAUAUUCCAACUUUAACUAAUGCUUGUGGGUCUACGGAAUUUUUAGAUGGUGAAAGCAAAGAAAAGCUUCAUUCUCCAGUACAAUGUUCAUGUGCAGAGUCAAUUAGCACUGAUGGAGGUGGCUUGGCGCGUUCAGAGGAUUCAGAUUGGAACCUUUGCUACAAGAACAAUUUGUUCGAAGUAUAAUACAUGGUCUAAUUCCUUAACUGGAGUCUUGCCACACAUUUGACAGAAGGUGGUUUCCUUGGCAGUGAUCGAACCAGGCAAGGCCCACUCUUGUAUAUUGUAUAUUAUGUUUUUGUUAGUUUCUCUUUCAAUUUCUUCUCUUUAAUAUUCUUCUAUGAAAUUUUACUCUUCACUGUAUCUAUGGAACUCGUUGAGAAAAACUUUAGUGAGAUUAGUUUGCCAU